GUGGUCUUCGUCGUGGACCGACUACGAAAAUCGACUACGAUACGUCGUUUGCCCGCGAUCCUUUUUUUUUUUUCGACACGAUUUUCCUUUCGAUCAUCGCGGCUUUAGCCGACGGUGUUACGCGAAAUCGCGACCUGAACCGAACCGAUCGAACCUUCUUGAUCAACCGGAACCAAUACGACCCAUUUGUGUACCCGUUUACACUUUGGAUUUUCUAAAGAUUCUUGGAUUUCGUUCAUCUCUUGUCGACGGCCCGACGUCUCUUCGCGAUGCUAGGUGAUCGAAGAGUGCCCCGUGAAUCUUCGAAAUAGUCAGAGAUGUCGCAGCCGCCGUCGAAACCCCAUGGAAAAGGCGGGCCAGGGGGUGGCUGGUCGGCCAGACCGAACGUGUCAGCCCAUUACAGACCCCCGUCGCCUUACAGUCCCUCGAGUUCACCCCGUCCUCGAGGACCACCCACGCCGGUCCAUCAUGCUCAUCCAGCGUCCCCGUUGACGUAUUCCGGAAUGAUGCACCCGAUGAGCCCGGUGCCCAUAGGAAUGCCGAUUUCACCGGGGAUGUCACCAGUUUUCGGAUCGCCGACCAGCUACAUACAAUGUCCCAGGCCUAGAUGGCCCUCCCCCCUCCCGGUUGGGAGUCAAGCACCCAGACCUUUCAUACCGACUCAGAGCUCAAUGGAAAGUGGUACAUCGUCGCCCUUAGCUUGCGGACCAGCAGAAUACAUGAUUGGACCAUAUAGACCCGGGGAUUACGAGUACGUUGGUGUACCACUGGACCAUUCCCAAACAGAAGAAGAAUCCAGUGGACCCAGCACUGCGGAAAUAAUAGCCAACCAAAGUCAAGAUUAUGUGGAUGAAAAAUUAGCCGAGUACCAAGCUACUAUUCAGCAACUUCAGAAUACAUCUAAAUCAAGAAAACACGUUCUCGAUAAAACCACCACCCAUCGUCCAUCCGCAACCGGAAAAAACCCGACCAAUCGAAAGAAGCAGCGAGCCGGAGUGGACAGAAGGCGCGCACGUUCAAACGGCGCGGCGCAAAGUGACAUUUAGUCUAGCGGAGGAGAAGGACGCAGGAUAAAGCAUCGAUCGGUCGGCGUGCUUCCCAUCAGGAAGGUUGGAUUGUCCAGACAUAGAGAGACCAGUCGUCAGGUCUAGACGGCGUACGGUGGCGCAUGGUUCGCAUCGUCACGGACAUCGUCAUCGUACUCGACCAUCUCCUCGUCGUCGUCGUCGUCGUCGUUGUCCUCGUCAUCGUGCAAUGCGGAUCGCGGACAACGAGAACUUGUGGUCUCGGGGUAUAGGAGGGCACGGAGG